GUGACUGCAUCUGCUCUGAGGACUGAAGAUUUCAGACCCUGAAGAAAUGACAAUCCAGCCCUUCCCAUGGGCACUGGAAUUUUUAAUGGCUAAAGGAGCCCCUUAGCAGCACUGCUGAGUAGCAGACUGGCACCAUGGCAUCACCACCAUCACAGAGGCAGACUGAUUCAUAGUAACUCCUUUAAAACAGAGUGGAAAGACACCACCCUCCCGCACCACCGGAGGAAACUUAAACCACCACCAGGUCACUCCCCUUCACUACAGCUCGGCACUCCAGGACAUCGGCACUGCAGCUCAGCACGCUCCUGCUCCCACAGGUGCCAGAGCCGGCCCCAGCCCACACGAGCUCUUUGGAUCGGUGACACCACCUAGAAGGGACCCAAGAUGUUGGUACUAUUGGCUGGUAUCUUUGUGGUUCACAUCGCCACUGUCAUCAUGCUCUUUGUCUCCACCAUUGCCAACGUCUGGAUGGUGGGUUCUUCCCAUUUAGGAACAGCCUCGUCAGGACUCUGGCUACUGUGCAACAGGACCUGUGAGCAGCUGCCAGUCAGCAGUCGUGAUGAGGCUUCCCUCAAAGCCGUGCAAGCCUUUAUGAUCCUCUCGAUCAUUUUCUCUGUCAUCGCACUUGUCAUGUUCAUUGUCCAGCUGUUCACCCUGGAGAAAGGCAAACGUUUCUACAUCACUGGAGCCAUCAUGCUGGUUUGCUGGAUGUGCAUUCUGAUUGGAGUCUCCAUUUACACAGCUCGGUUCACAGGCAAGAUGCCUGCAUCCACAAGUUCUCACCAUGGCUACUGCUUCAUAUUGGCCUGGAUCUGCUUUUGCUUCAGUUUCAUCAUCGGCAUCCUCUACCUUGUUCUUAGGAAAAAAUAAGGCUGAUGGGAGUCCAGGGGAAAGGGUUGGCUACUGGGAAGGGGGAAGAAUUGUUCUGCUGAGAGAACUGUUGGGCCAAUAGACAGAAGCAGCCACCAUUGUCACCACUGCCACCACCACAGAAAAAUCACUAACAAUGCUAGAAUCCUCAGAAACUCCUUCACCAAAGGGAGGGAGAAACAGCUCCAACUGAUCUAGCGCUCCUGGGGCUGUUGCACCCGAAAUCUGCAAGUGACCCAUACAGCUCUUCUCCUUUUCUGCAAAGUCACGUCAUACCUUCACAAAGCUUCAAGCUCAGCAGUGAUGAUUGGAGGACUCCACAAAAACAAGGGCUACAUCUUUUUCCCUUUCUAGAGCCCUUCUCACUUACCUUUCAGUGUGCCUUGCAGGUAGGCCAGUGACGCUUAUGACCCCUAUUUUUGUCCAUUGAAACAAAUGGGAUGGGCCUUUUGUUACAUUAUAUAUAUGCACAUAUAUGAAAGUUAAAGACAUUGAGAAGCAACCCAAUAGAAAACAGAUUAAAUUCAUAUUAAAAUACCUACAGAAAUAAGGCAGCAUUUUUUUUUCCCCCAUGGUUGAAUCAGAUACAAGUAGGAAGGGCAAAUAUACAGGUAUGGAUGAUGGGGAGAGAGAGAGAGAGAGUGUUGGGGUGAAGACACACAGGGGUUCCUGAUUACACAGGAUGCAGUUGCUCAAUGAUGCACAUGCAGGGAGGGAAUCAUUUGGGUGUGUGUCUACACUAAAAUCUUAUGUUCAUCUCCAGAACAUGAUAACAGCACUGCAACUGUUUGCAGAUCUUUACCAAGACAAGUCCUGAGAUAAACAGGGUUUUUUUCCUACAUUGUCACCCAGUACUGAGUAUUAACUCAGACCCCCACCUUGUGACACAACUCAUCUCAAAGGCAGACGAUACUGGUUAGCAGAGGAAAUGUAUUCCCUAAUGAGAGAUUAGGAGAGAUGAGGCAGGGCUUGUGAGUUCUGCUCCUUGCUGCACGACCUUAGGCCAGUCACUUAACCUGGUGCUUUUCCAUCUGCCAAAUUCUUCCAUAGAACUCUACCUACCUCCCAGGGUUGCUGAGAGAUUUUGAGUCCACUCUGUAAUACAAGGUCCCCAUGUGAAAAGCUGGCAUGUGAAAGUAAGGCAUUGGUACUGCUGCAACCCAUGAAUUUCUGGGUAAGUUUGAAGGAUCCCAGUGACAAGUGGCAUUUGUAAAGGACAAGAGAUCAAAACUUCCCUUGUCUUCAUCCACAACCAAAAGGCAGAGAGUAUAAAAAACAUGCAGGUGCAGAUGGUGCAUGGAUGCUAUUUACCUCUCUCUCUUUCUCUUUCUGUUACAUUUUGUUCUUACAUAGACGUUAUCAAUUUGGUGGAUAUAUUCUAGUACUGUAUGUUGCUGUUUCAUUAACAAAGGUUAUUUCAUAUAUAGUCACUGUAAAUAUUUUGAAAUGCAUAUUUUUAACUUUGAGGGUAUAAAAAUAAAAUCUGAUUCCCUUUAU